AUGAUUAGGUUUUCUAUUUUAUAUUUUAUGCAUGCCUUGCGUAUAAUAUUUUGCUUUUAAUAGUCUAAGUUACAGAUAUUGUACAAAUAGCAUACUUUAGAAUUAAAAAUAAAGAGGGAUUUAUUCAACGUACACUUAGCAUACUCUAUAAAUUUUAUUCUUACUUAAUCUUUAUUCCUAGCAUUUCCACACCCGUUCAGUAUCUCGAAAAUAGCUUAUCAUAUGUUAAUAUUGUUGUGGCAAUAAUAGUAUAAUUUAUUUGUGACUUUCAUGACUUCGAUUACAACUUUAAUCCUUUUCCUCACGACUCAUUAUCAAGAAGAAAUUUAAAAUGGAUUAAUUUAUUUAACUCUGCAUAUAUAGUGGUGCUAAUACUUAACCAUGGUUUAUUUUAAGCAAAUAUUCAAGAUCUUUUAUUUGUCAUCUUAUGUAUCAAAAACUUGA